GUCACUUCCGCUAAAUCGGUUCGCCAUCUUGAACAGGCUUGGCUAGUGUAUGAAAUGGUCUAGACGGUUAAAAAAAUAAAUAAAUAAAUAAAUAAAAUAAAAAUAAAAAAAACUGUUCGGUCUGCUAUUUAUUUUGAUAGUAUUGUUUAUUUUUUUUACCUCUUAAACCCUAGUUGAUGAUAAACUUAGCAGAAGAAAUCAAUGGGCUUCUGAAGACAACCGCAAAUUUAACUGAUUAUGGAAACCUAUGGAUCAUCCCCCAAGAUAAAGUUGAAAAGAUCCCCCGGCACCAAAGCCGAAACGCUGGACAAUUGCAGCAUUUGUUUGUUUUUUCUCUAAUCGCCUGGAUGAAUUCGUUCUGGAGCAAACGAAAAGUUCAAAGCAACAGUGGUUAAAAAAAAGAAGAAAAAAAAGGAGAAAUGUUUCAGCUUCCGGUAAACAACCUUACACGACUGAGAAAAGCUAGGAAAAGGGUCAAGAGGCUGUUAAGUGAUAUUGGCUUGGACUACUGCAAGGAACAUAUAGAGGAUUACAAAGAGUUUGGUCCUGAUGAGUUCUAUAUGAAACAUGUUUACCUUGAUGUAUGUGUGUGGGAUCCAUCCUGGACGAAGUCACAGGACUACAGAACGAAGCAAUUUUGCUGCUCAGAUUGUCCCUUUGCUUCCAAAUACUUCUCAGCGUACAAGAAUCACUUUCGCAAUGUUCACAGAGAUGACUUUGAGAACCGCAUCCUGCUCAACUGCUCCUAUUGCAUGUACAGUGGAAACAAACGAACUCUGGAGACUCAUGUUAGGCUCUUCCACAUGCCUUAUAACAUUGUCCGACAGGGAAUUGCCAAUCCACUUGGAGCCAUGGUGGGUGGUAAGCAUAGUAUACAGAUGGAAAAGCAUAUGCUGACUGACAGAAAAGAGCUGGCGGUUUACUACUGCAAGAAAUGCAACUAUCGGGACAGAUUAUACAAUGUAGUGCGCAGGCACAUUUAUAGGGAACACUUCCAGCAUGUGACUACACCUUAUGUAGUCAAAAACUCAGAGAAGCAAGAAAACGGUGAUGAAGCCAUAAUCAGUAGUCAUGGGAUUCAGUGUAAGAGCUGCCUCUUUGUCCCUCGUUCCUAUGAGGCGCUGGUUCAACAUGUUAUUGAGUUCCAUGAACGUAUUGGCUAUCAAGUAACUGCCCUGAUUGGCCACACCAAUGUUAUAGUGGCUCGUUCUCAGGCCAGCAUUAUUCAGUUGGGUGCGCCAGUCAUACCUGGAAUACCGCCACAUAUGGUGCAGCCAGUUAAUUGCUUUAACAUGCCCAAAGUAAUGAGGGUGCCUGUUGGCAACCAUUUCAAGCAGGGUGUCACAGGAAGCCCUGGCCACCCACUGUGCAUUACACUGCCUGACAAAGCUCUGUUGUCCAGCACAGCUUCACAGUCAUAUAUAGGAAAACCCCUUUCAUCAGUGCAUGCUGCUACUGCCACUUUGACCUCAUUAGAGGCCAAGAAAGGUUCAGUUAAUGCACCAAACACCUCGCAAACACAGAAGUGGAAGAUUUGCACAAUAUGCAAUGAACUCUUCCCUGAGAGUGCAUAUGCCAUUCACAUUGAAAAGGAACAUCAGGCCGAAAGGGUGCAGGCUAUGGCUAAGUAUAUUCUGAAGAUCCACAAUUUCACAAGCAAGUGUCUGUAUUGUAACCGUUACCUGCCAAGUGACACUCUGCUAAACCACAUGCUAAUACAUGGACUGACAUGCCCACAGUGCCAGGCCACAUUUUAUGAGGUUGAGAAGAUGGUAGUGCACAAGAGGCAGAUGCAUCCAAAUGAACCAGGGGAACUUCCUAUUGAUUCUCCAUUGACAUUUGAUCUGACGCUUCAACAAGGCAGUCCAAAGAAUGUGCAGCUUAUAGUGACCACCCAUAACAUGAAGAAAGUACCCAAGUCAUCAUCCACAACUGUGCAACCACUAAACAGUGUUGGAUCCAGGUCUACAAUAAUUGUAGCAAAGGGGACAAAAAGAUCCAGUGAAUCACUAAUGAUGAACACAUCCAAAAAUGUAGUAACCCAGAACACAGAAAUGGGCAAGACCUUGUGUCCACUCUGCUUCACCAUUAUAAAGGGUCCCAUUUCUGAUGCGCUCACACAGCAUCUACAAGACCGGCACCAGGUGCUUCAGACUCUCCAUCCAGUUGAGAAAAAGCUCACCUACAAGUGUAUCCAUUGCUUGGGUGUGUACACAAAUAACAUGACGGCUUCCACAAUCACGCUUCAUCUUGUACACUGCCGAGGGGUUGGACAAGCUCCGAAUGUUCACACCAAGAAGUGCAUUUCAGCUCUUAAGCGAGAACUGGUCGCCUCAGAUACAUUGAACCCUAAGAAGAAAAAAUUGAUCACUCAAAGCAGGUACCAUCACACAAUAUUUGUGGACAAGCCUGCAGAGCCUGUUCUCAUCUUGGACCCCAGAGGUCAUGCAAAUGAGUCUUAUGAUGCACGUAAGGAUUUCCUGACCACCUAUUUCAACCAGCAGCCGUAUCCAUCCCAACAAGAGGUUGAAAAACUCGCUGCAAACCUGUGGCUGUGGAAGUCUGAUGUCUUAAGUCACUUUGCCAAAAAAAGACAGUCAUGUGAAUGGGACUUUAUGACUCGUAAACCAAUAGUUUUACUAGGCUUUAACAUGCAAGCAGUGAACCAACUCAAACAUGAAAUGAACUUUGACAGUGAGUGGUUGUUCACAGUUAGUGAUGAGAAGAAAAGUGGAAUUUCAAGAACUACAAAAAAGAGACUGAGGGCUUUUGAUUUCUCUACUGACAAGAACACCAGCACACAUGUGGAAGAGGCUUUAAACCCUGGACAAUGCAUUCAAAGCAACUGUGCCUUCAAGACAAGCCCUGGGCAUUCAGAAACCCUUGCUAUUGACCUUCAUAGAGAAUCAGAGCAAAAGGAAGUGUCAUUUCCUUCAGUGGUUCAAACUUGGACGAAAGAGACAGUGCUGCAGGAAAGGUUCCUGUAUAAGAGAGGUGGGAGGGUGUCAAGUACAGAUUUUACCAAGGGAGGAUCAAAGAGUCUAGAUGGACGUGUGUCUGGUUCCAGAACUGAAGAUGCAACAUGGUCAGGAGGCAUGUCCCCAAAUGAGAGCCAUUAUAGACCAGCUGGAUGCUUUGAAGAGAAAGGGAAAGAAAUGGGUUUGCUGGGCAGAUGAUCCGAGUUUUGGUCCAAGUCUCCCAACUCCUAAGGCAAACUUCCUUCGGUCUUGUAUUAUCCCCUGAACCUUAAAUUGUGACUAACAAAACUGAAAUGAUUUUUUAAAACAAUGGUACAAGCUUACUGAAAGAACACAUUUUACUUUCAACAUUCCUGUUGUGUACAAACAGGGAUAAAAAUUAUCAUAUUUCUUCAUCCAUAUGUCCUCUUAUGAUUUUUACUGCCUUGUGUACUUACUCAUCUAGUUGAUUUAAUUGUUGCAAAGUGUAGAAAGUCUGUUUCUCUCUGUUUAAAAAUAAAAUUAACAUUGCAAUUUACUAUUUAGUGCUUGGAGAUGAUAUUUUUAUUGUCCUAAACAAAGGUCAGUGGAUUUCAUUUGAAUAUUUAUGAACAUUUCCAUUGACCAAAUUCAUGACAUUUCAGUAGAUCCUGUAGCUUUAACGAUUUCUUGCAUCAUGCCAUAUAUUUAACAUUUUUGAUAAUGUUGUAAACAAGGGUUAUUUUCAGUUCAGUGUGAAAAUGUUUUUUAUAAUGCCAGAAUAUUCAUUUGAUAAGCAGAGCCAGUGUGUGUUUUUUUUCUGGAUUAGAAUAAAGGAAACUUGGUUUCA